GGCGCCACACCACCUGUGGAGUAGCAUUCUGUCGGCAUUCCCACUGUGUCCGCCGGAGAUUGGAAAGGGGGCGGCGUCUUCCCUCCUCGUCGCAGACGAAGGAUGCUGCAGUUCCCGGCGUUCAUGCGGCAGCUCCCGUCGCCGCCGCUGAUCCCUACCUCCACCCUGCUCCCCGUCGCUGCCCACGCCCAAAGCGACGAGGACUCCCUCGCCGUCUUAGAGUCCGAGCUCGAAGAGAAGUGGAGUGAAAUCAGAAAGACAAACAGUAACCUGCCUGUGAUGGGGAGAAAAAUUGUUGAUAGCAAGGAGGAACUCGAUGCUGGUGCAGAAGAUGAUGAUGUCGACAAUGUUGGGGAGUCUGAGGGUGAUGAGUUUGAGCAAGAAACUGGUUGAUGUAUUCCAAGAUGUAUGAAUCCGAUUUUAGUGAGUCGUACAUGAAGACGGAAUCUGAGUCUUAUAUAUUUACGAGUUGAUGUGGUGAAUGAGUGGAUUUCGAUUCAGAGCCACAGUGCACUCGUCCGGUCUAGCAACACAUCAUAAAGCAUGGGACCGAAGUGGAGAACAGACUGUGUCCUCCGUAACACCAGCAGUCUGCGCCAUGGACAUGUCACGUGGCGUAGGACGGGAAGAGCCACAGGCAUCGGUGCCUGCAUCUGGCAGGGGGAUGUGAUAUCUCGGACGGUCGGGCAGUAACAUCUGGCCCACCUGCCGGCCCAACCUGACGCGUCGCACGGGUGAAGCCCCACCACCGCCACCGGGAUAAGGAGAUCGAGGCCACGGUGCUCUCCGCACCUCAAAAUAAACUAAAGGACACCAUAAAAUACAUAAGAGGCAAACAAUAAAGAGGGAGGAAAAAAAAAAGGGGGGGGAUAAAGGAAGACUGGCACGCAAUUGGUCGGAUCCUAAGAAGAAGGAAAGGAGAUAACGUUGGCAGUAGGCUUCUGUAUGCCACCACGAUCUCCAUCUUCCAUGGUAGAAGGCGGCCAAACAACCGGAGGUGACCCCAUGGAUUCCUGAUCACAUGAUGGCCGGUCGAUUCUUGUUCACAUGGUGGUCUGUGGAGUGUUCUGGAUUAAGUGAUCUCCUCGCUGUUACGAUGUCCUCGACGAAUAUUACCUCUGGAGCCUUCUUCCUUUCGUAAUGAUUACUUACACGUGGCUUAUGCUCAUUGACUGGGUCGCAUGUCCGGACUAUCAAACGUAUAUAGUGUUCAUCGACUGUAAACACUUACUUAGCACACUAAUUUAUUUCCCAAUUUUUAGACUUAAAUCCCGGUUGAUAUUUUCAUUUCCUCGGUGUUUGGUAGAUGGGAAGGCAACAUGUAUAUUUCAAAUCAAAAUAAAACGACCGGUAAUGAAGUGGGAAGACAGCUACCAGAGGAAUCUGUGAACCUAAAGUAACCCCUACUUGAGUUCUACCAAAUGGAAUCUCUGACCUUUCCCAAGUCUUGGCCUGUUUUCUUGUGAACGAUACCAAUCUCUCUUCCAUGAAUAUUUCAUUUCAAAACCUAUUUAAAUUUAUAUAUGGAGAGAGAGAGAGAAAGAAAAGAAAGGAUUGGUCCGACGCAAAGGCAAAUAGACAGCCUGGUCCACGCCGUAAGAUAUGACCAAAGCAAGGCUGGGGGGCGUUUGGGACAGUAUGACAACCACAUAAAACCCAUUUGAUCUCUCUGUCACGGGCCCACUGCGUGACCCUUUGCCGUCGUUUCCCUCGCGGCCCAAAUAAUAUCCGCAGUCCAUUUACCAUUUACUAGUGGAUGAAUGGCUGCUGCUGCCUUAAACGGUCAAGACUACUUUUGAUAUUUUUCUUUCAAUUAACACUCGACAUCACUUAGUUUUUAAAUUUGUUUCCUUAAUUGAGUAUUUUUUAAAAAAAUAUAAAUAAUUUUAUUAUAUCAUAUUUAAAUUCAAACCUGAGAUAUAUCAUUUUAUAUAAUAAUAUAUUAUAUUUUAUUUAAAAUAUUUGAUGUUAAUUAUCGUUAUAAGUUGUAAAAUAAAAAAUUUCUAGAUAAAUGUUAGUGAAAAUUAAAUAUGUGAAGGUGUUGAUAUUUAUUUUAAAAUCUGUGAGCUCAAAUACUUUAUUUCUCUUUUUUUUUAAUUACCGGGAUAAAUAUUAAAAAGCCAAACGCAAAUAAAUCCUCUCUUAGCUUUGCGUACUACGCUUCGCCUUCCCUUCCGUCCUAUAAAUGAAGGGACGAGGGUGCCUAAGUUAAGGCUUGAAGCCGCCUCCAAAGCACUUCAUCCUCUCUUCCCUCGUCCUCCCUCUCGUCUCUUACCUGCAAAUAGAAUCACCUUAUAACGAGUAAACAGAACAAGGAAGAGUGAGGCAAGCGAAGA